CAGCGACAGCUAGGGCCCAGCAGACAAAGUAAGGAUGUGACAUCAUCAACAGGAAGAGAAGCCAAACAACUUUUUCUCCCUUUACUGCUGCCGAGGGAAGUGGGAGCCUCUCGGACUGUUAGCGUCUGACAGAGAUUGAGAAGAUCCAGAGGAGCUGGAGGGGAAAAGUGGCCGGAGCUGGCACAUGCAGGGAAUUUUAAAGUAAAGGGAUCAGCCGCCCCAAAUCCUCACUCAACUUCCCACAGCUUUCCACCCUGUUCCAGUAUUCUAGGAUUCCAGCCAGGUGUCAGGGAGUGAGGUGUAGCAACAUAAACUUCAGUUUCCAGUCAGUGGGAAAAGCCUGCCUAACAGUGAUGUUCCACAACCUGAAAACAAGAGCUUGCUGCAAUCUUUGCAUGGCAGAUGCUGACCCUGUGUGACAGGAUUUUGUAGCUGCAACCCUGGUUGCCGCUCUCUCUCUGGAAGAUUAAGCUCUAUAAAAAAAAUCUAUACCAAAUAUUAUUUUGGAGAGCUCAUUCUCCCCGUAUCUCAGGGGAUAGAAAAAAGUCGAUGGCGUUGUGUCUUGGACAAGUGUUCAUCAAAGACAAAACCUUUAGGCCAAAGAAGAGGUUUGAGCCUGGGACCCAGCGAUUUGAACUCUACAAGAAGGCCCAGGCCUCACUGAAGUCUGGUCUGGACCUGAGGAAAGUGGUGCAACUCCCUGAGGGAGAGAGCCUCAAUGAUUGGAUGGCUGUUCAUGUGGUGGAUUUCUUUAAUCGGAUCAAUCUGAUCUACGGCACGGUGAGCGAGUACUGCACAGAGCGCACGUGUCCCAUCAUGUCCGGGGGUCUGAGGUACGAGUACAGGUGGCAGGACGGCGACGACUACAAGAAACCCACCAAGCUGCCCGCUCUCAAGUACAUGAAUCUGCUGAUGGACUGGAUAGAGUCACUCAUCAAUAAUGAGGACAUCUUCCCCACCAGAGUAGGUGUACCUUUCCCCAAGAACUUCCAGCAGGUGUGCAAGAAGAUCCUAAGCCGUCUCUUCAGAGUCUUUGUGCACGUUUACAUCCAUCACUUUGACAGCGUCUGCAACAUGGGUGCAGAAGCGCACAUAAACACCUGCUACAAGCACUACUACUUCUUCAUCUCAGAGUUCAACCUCAUCGAUCACUCAGAACUGGAGCCCCUGAGAGAGAUGACGGAAAAGAUAUGCAACUGAGCAAAAACCAUGUGGGACAAAGGAGUUUACAUUCUGACGUAAUCUGAGCCGUGUGAGAAAUCGUCAGCUUCGAAAUACUCAAUAGAAAGAACUAUUUUACACAAAUCUGUGUGACUGGUUUCAAAGCUUCGCUGGGGAAGGUCCAGUUACAUACCGCCCUCCUUCAGGUGGUGGCGCUGUACUUUCACCAGUGUUUUUACUUAAUAAUCCAGUGAUGUCAUUGUCACAGCACAGCAUACUAUAGCUAUAUUUUCUUUGCUAGUGCAUGUUUUUGUUUGACUCUUGUAUAUGUUCAGAUAUACAGCAUUGAUUGUUUUGAUGAAAGUUUGCCUCUUGUGUUUUAUAUAGUUUUUGUGUUUUGUUUUUGUUUUUGAGUUUAAACUUGUCAUAAAAUGCAGUCUAAAAUAACCAAUAUAUUGGAUUUGUUUUAAAGGCAUUGCACCACACAAAACACUAUUAGAAUUUCAUUAUGGCAACUCUUCCUGAACAAAAAAGACUUUCAUGUGCAUUUAACAGUUGGAAAGAAUGAACAAAAACAGCAUUACCAAUGAAACUAUUACUGCUACUAUAACUUAUUAGACCACCACCCAAUGUGAAGGCUUUGUUUCUGUAAUGGUUAAUACACCAGUUAAUAGAAGCUCCUUAACCAAAAUUUGAUUUUUAAUGCUAAAAUACAAUUAUUAUUGUUAUACAUGAGUUUUCAAAUGGACAAUUUUACCAAAAAAAAUUGGUAAUUUCUAAUUGAUUCAUUUCUGACUUGCACAGUGAGUCGGCUCGGAUUUGUGGGUAUAAAAAG